CGUGCUCUCUAGUUUUAUCUUCAUCCAUAAUUUCCUACACUUGGAUGAGCGAUACAAGAAGCGAUCUCCUUUCCUCAUAUUCUUUGUUCUGCUGGUACGACGCAUUGCAAGAAUAUUACCACUAUACAUGUUCAUGGUGGGUUUUACGGCAACGUGGAGCCGUUUCAUAUCGGACGGCACGAUGUGGAUUCCGAUUAUGGAGAAGGAAGCUCAGGUCUGCCGGAUGAAGUGGUGGUCCCACGCGCUCUUCAUACAUAACUUUUACCGCCCUGACGAUCGCUGUCUGAUACAAACGUGGUUCAUUGCAGUAGACAUGCAGCUGUAUGCACUAUCAAUCGUGCUGGCAAUUGCACUGACCCGUUGGACAAAAGUCGUGAUCAAAAUUAUACCAUUAUUGUUUUUGGUCACUAUACUUUGUAACUUCGUCGCUGCCUACACAUUCAAUUUAAAAGCUAGCUUGUAUUUGACUAAUCCUGAAUAUUUGAAGAAACUACAUUAUGGCGUGCUGUCUUUUAAAUGGAUGUAUGCAGCACCGUGGGCCAGCCUUCCCGCUUCUCUACUAGGAGUAGCGACGGCUUACCUGUACUACGAAAUGCGCAAUAAUAAAAUCGACUUAUUCAAGUAUAAGUGGUUCAAAAUAGUAUAUCGAGUGUCAGUGCCGGGUUUUUUUGGAUGGAUCUACGCUGGGUAUUUUCUGCCUGAGGAGCCCAGUCGUUUACUAUCUGCGUUUUACGCAGCAUUCGAUAGACCUAUCAUAUGUAUUAUCUUUUGUAUAGUACUUUUGGGUUUUAUCUACCGCAUUGAUAAUAUCUAUUGGCGCAUGGCGUCUUGGAGUGGUUGGCAGGUUUUAGGUCGCAUGUCACUUUGCAUUCUUAUGGUACACUGGACUUUCAACCUUAUGCAGAUUGCAUUACAAACUAAUGUCAACGAGGUAUCUCUUUUGAGAAAUUUAGGUCACUGGCUCGUGACGGUUUUAAUGACAUAUUUGACGUCUAUACCGCUCCAUUUACUGGUCGAGAUGCCGGUACAAAAAUUUCUACGAGCUUCUUUAGGCAUAUAGAAACACAAAUGAUAGCAAAAUAAUGAAAUUUAAUAUUCAAAGUUCAAGAACUUUAACUUUGGGUCAUUCACGUUACAAUUAUGUUACCUUUGGUGUGCGGCGUAGAAGGAGACAUUGGAAAAGCUGGAUGCUUUUCUAAUAUAUGCGUACUUUUUGUAUAACUUUAAUUAGCCAUUAACAUCUUUUUUACGUAGACAGACAUAGUUUCAUAUUAAUUAGUUUAUGGAAUGCGUGGCUGUGGCUAAUCAACGUGAAAAAAUCCUCGGAACGGUGAGGUCGCUCCGGGAAGCCUGUGAAGUGCC